UGAAAUAUUGUGUGGCUAUAGCUUAUUAAGAUUAUGCUUUUUUCUAACGUAUAUCAGACAGUUUAUAUUUAUCAAUAAAUAACGUUAUCUGCCCUCUUUUUAUCCAUUUUCUUGCAGAACCUUAAAGGCAGUAGAUCGUAGAAAUGUACCGUUUAAAGAUAUACCUGCUUUAUUUAGUUACUCUUCAUUAUUUACCAUGUGGAUUUGCUGAGGAUUGUGUGGAAACUAAACCACAGUUUUUUCCAUACCAUGCCAUUGUAAAGGGAGAUGUUACGUGUAAUGGCGCCCUAAUCAGCGAGAACUAUGUAGUAACCCUUGGCAGUUGUGUUAAAGGAUCUUCAGAAGCAAUAGUGUACUUGGGCUUUCGAAAACACCCGUACAACGACAGAAGCCAGGAGGACUCAGCCGGAAAAUUUUACGUAACAAGAAACAUAACAGUGCACGAAGACUUCAUCAAAAUCGGUAACAAGCAAUUUAUAAAUAACGUCGCCGUUUUAAAACUUCCAGAACCCGUCAAGUUAUCCAGUGAAAUAUAUCCUAUCGAGCUAAUACCAAAAGAAGAAUCUCUGGGGAUAUUAGGCCACAACGCUAACGUUAGCGGCUGGUGGUCAUCCGAUCAGACCAACGUAAAAUACUGCCCAGUCCAGUUGCAGAGCCAAGACACUUGUUUCCAUUACUACGGGUCCAGUUUCGUUAAAGACCAAGAGUUCUGUCUAAAAUGGUCUGUGAAAAAACGACUCAAUCUCAUGGGAAAUCCAACUACCAUCGAAGGAAAAUUACUUGGUUUUCAAACCCACACGCCUAAAUGCGUUAAGGCACAUCCUACCUGUACAGGAAGUAAUGUUAUUGUUAAUUUGUUACCAUUUCUCAACUGGAUUUAUCGGACAACAGAUGUUAAAGAACCUGAAUACAUUACUAGACAAAAUAGACUUGAAAUAGAAAGAUUGAGCAGGAAUGUGGAUCAGUUACAAAGCAGGGCGCUUGACAGCUUGAGUGUUUUGUACAAUGAGAUAUCGAUUCAUUCCAAUCGGUUGAACGAUUUGGAAAAACAAAUAAAGACAAUUAUACUUGUGGAAAAGAACAUGGAAACGAUGCUGCAAAAGUUACAGAAGGAAGUGAACGAUAUCAAAUCUACCUUGGAAACAAUGAAUAUGCAAUAUUAGUUUUUAGAAGUUAAAUUUUUUCUUUGUUAUUAAUUAUUAGAUUUAAAUACAUGUAUAUUCUGAAAUAUUUUAAAGUUUCAUUUUAUUCCCCGCUCUAACAAAUACUAAAAGAACAAUCUCUGGGGAUAUUAGGACACAACGCUAAUGUUAGCGGCUGGUGGUCAUCCGAUCAGACCAACGUAAAAUACUGCCCAGUCCAGUUGCAGAGCCAAGACACUUGUCUCCAUUACUACGGGUCCAGUUUCGUUAAAGACCAAGAGUUCUGUCUAAAAUGGUCUGUGAAAAAACGACUCAAUCUCAUGGGAAAUCCAAUUACCAUCGAAGGAAAACUGCUUGGUUUCCAAACUCACACACCUAAAUGCGUUAAGGCACAUCCUACCUGUACAGGAAGUAAUGUUAUUGUUAAUUUGUUACCAUUUCUUAACUGGAUUUAUCGGAUAACUGAUGUUAAAGAACCUGAAUACAUUACUAGACAAAAUAGACUUGAAAUAGAAAUAUUGAACAGGAAUGUGGAUCAGUUACAAAGCAGGGCGCUUGACAGCUUGAGUGUUUUGUACAAUGAGAUAUCGAUUCAUACCAAUCGGUUGAACGAUUUGGAAAAACAAAUAAAGACAAUUAUACUUGUGGAAAAGAACAUGGAAACGAUGCUGCAAAAGUUACAGAAGGAAGUGAACGAUAUCAAAUCUACCUUGGAAACAAUGAAUAUGCAAUAUUAGUUUUUAGAAGUUAAAUUUUUUCUUUGUUAUUAAUUAUUAGAUUUAAAUACAUGUAUAUUCUGAAAUAUUUUAAAGUUUCAUUUUAUUCCCCGCUCUAACAAAUACUAAAAGAACAAUCUCUGGGGAUAUUAGGACACAACGCUAACGUUAGCGGCUGGUGGUCAUCCGAUCAGACCAACGUAAAAUACUGCCCAGUCCAGUUGCAGAGCCAAGACACUUGUUUCCAUUACUACGGGUCCAGUUUCGUUAAAGACCAAGAGUUCUGUCUAAAAUGGUCUGUGAAAAAACGACUCAAUCUCAUGGGAAAUCCAAUUACCAUCGAAGGAAAACUGCUUGGUUUCCAAACUCACACACCUAAAUGCGUUAAGGCACAUCCUACCUGUACAGGAAGUAAUGUUAUUGUUAAUUUGUUACCAUUUCUUAACUGGAUUUAUCGGAUAACAGACGUUAAAGAACCUGAAUACAUUACUAGACAAAAUAGACUUGAAAUAGAAAGAUUGAGCAGGAAUGUGGAUCAGUUACAAAGCAGGGCGCUUGACAGCUUGAGUGUUUUAUACAAUGAGAUAUCGAUUCAUACCAAUCGGUUGAACGAUUUGGAAAAACAAAUAAAGAUAAUUAUACUUGUGGAAAAGAACAUGGAGACUAUGCUGCAAAAGCUACAGAAGGAAGUGAACGAUAUCAAAUCUACCUUGGAAACAAUGAAUAUGCAAUAUUAGUUUUUAGAAGUUAAGUUUUUUCUUUGUUAUUAAUUAUUAGAUUUAAAUACAUGUAUAUUCUGAAAUAUUUUAAAGUUUCAUUUUAUUCCCCGCUCUAACAAAUACUAAAAGAACAAUCUCUGGGGAUAUUAGGCCACAACGCUAACGUUAGCGGCUGGUAGUCAUCCGAUCAGACCAACGUAAAAUACUGCCCAGUCCAGUUGCAGAGCCAAGACACUUGUUUCCAUUACUACGGGUCGAGUUUCGUUAAAGACCAAGAGUUCUGUCUAAAAUGGUCUGUGAAAAAACGACUCAAUCUCAUGGG